AUGACCAUUCCAUACUGUUGCCAUAUCAUCAGUCAGAUCGAGAUCGAGUACAAUUCGCCCUCAAAACCACCAAAAUGGCUUAUUUAUGCCCUUAAGAACCCAAGAGUUAAGUUGAACUCAUUUGAUGAGAAUUUGCUCAAACUGACCAAAAACGAUGAUUUCGCAACUAUUAACGAUUUAAAUUAUGAUGAAUCUGACAAUAACUCUAGUUUCACUGAGGAAAACUACUCUAUUAUCACUACUAAACAGUCCGAAAUUGGAAGUAUCAGUUUGGAAGAUAACACAUUGACAUUAUUGAAAAGGGAAGAGGAGAUAAAACCAAUAGUACAGAGCCUAAUAACAAAAUCAAUGGUAUAUUACAUAUCAAUGUACGAAGAUUUUUCAAAAGAUGACAUGAUAAAUUUGUCCAAAGGUUCUGUUCCUAUUAGUAAGAAUUCGGAUUACGAGAUGCUUUCAGGAUUAAGGGAUUGUUUAUCGCAGUUAUAUCACUGUAAUAGCUCUUCAAAUGAGGCAGUGAUAAUCACAGGAGACUAUUCAGGUGUUUUUUCUCACAACGAAAUACUUAUCACAAGGUCAAAUUUAUCGUUCCUACAGGAACUCAAGGCUAAGGAAAUCCCCUACACAACCAUUUAUGACGAGAUCGAACCAUUAUCAAAUGAACUUCCCAAGUUUAAAGCAGAAGGGGAGGAACUUUCUAAGCUAAUUAAUUCAUACCUAACUAACACACCGAUCAACUACUCCAAUUCACCUAAUAGUAAAAUCAAUAGAAUGAAGUUUAAAAUAGAUGAUAAAAGAGUGAGUAAAAUUUAUUUGUUAAAGUCUCUUAAAUUACCAAUUUCAGACGACUACGAUAUCAAUGUUGUCAGGAUAUCCGGAAGAAAAAAUUGCCAGAAACUGCUUAAACUUCUAGAAAACAAUACAUUAAACUCAUUUUCACAGUUCAAUCAACCUUUUAACGGUGUAAAACCAGAUAUACUAUGUGUUAAGCUAAUUUUGAGUAACUUUUCAGUUUUGUAUUCGAAGGUAAGUCAGACACAUUUUAAGCUUUCACCAGACAAUAACACGUAUAAAAUGUUGAUUAGAGGAGUGAUUAUACCCUCAAGUUUGAUGAGUUUUUUAAACAUUUUAAAGCUCUUGGAGAUUGCUGAGGUGGUAAACAGACCUGUAAUUAGAAUAAAGUAUAACUUAACAUUCGAUGAUAAAAUGUAUGAAAAAACGCUAAGAAUCUCUGAUAACAAGAUUUAUGAUCAUUUUUUAUCUAAUUUUGUGGAGAUCAAGAAGAAUUAUUCACAUUCGUACAAGGCACUGAAGAAGCUAAUUCCAUUCAAAAUGUUCAAGUUACAGCAGGGAAAUAUAUCUAUUACAGAUGAAAAAACUCUGAUUCUGGCAUUGGGGAAUGAGAAGCAACUGUAUCUGGAGGAUGAUAAACAGUUAUAUUUAGACGGAAUUUUGGGUGUUAAAGGGACAAAUUUGGCCAUUUACGAAACACCGGCAUCGCCGGAUAUAAUCUUACUAAAGGAUAGUUUAUAUUCAAAUUUGGCCAAAAUUAAAUCUUACUUAAGGCUGAUCCAGUCUUAUAAUUCCGUGUUUACAGGAUCCACAAAGUCCUUUCUUGACGAGGUUUUCAACAACAUUUUCUUCAACUAUUCACAUCAGACACAUUUUAAUACCAAGUUGUAUUUAGAUUUAUACCCAAAUAAUACUAAAACUAAUGUAAUGGAUAGUAGUAAUACAGAUAACACAAUUAAUAGCAAUCGACUGGAUACGGAUAUUAAUAUUUUGCCCUAUAAUUUGGUGAAUAUCAUUUGGAUAUUGUUGUAUAUAUUACACUGUAGUGGGAAGAUGGAUUUUUGGGACGAAAACUCUUUAGAGAACUUGAGGAACAAUGACAUAUUUUCAUUAAAUGUUAAGGAAUCUCCGCUUAAAAUGAGGAGAGAAGUGGAGAAAUUAGUAGUUUCAAAGACUUUAAACUUUCCAUUGUCACAGCAGUCUUACUACAUUUACCUGGUUAACCACAUCAACUUUAAUAAGCAGUUUAAAAACACGUUCAACAAAAAUUAUUUAGAAUAUUUACUCGAUUCAAAUUACGAGGUUAAUUUAUACGAAAAUGAAAAAAUAGAAAACAUUGAGCAGAUUUUACAAAUUUCCUCAGGCUGGAAUACCUAUUUUAACAUGAAAUCCAGUUCUAAUGGUGACAUUGACCAUGACACUAAUUCCACUGUUAACGAUGUGAAUGUUGAUAUUAUGGGCAACUCUGUCACAAAUACAAUUGUCACUAAUAAUGUCGUUGAUAGGGUUAAACCAAAUAAAAUAGUUAACAAUGUGAAUAGUAGUGUAGAAAACGAGUAUAAAGUUGAGUUUGGAAUAGUAUAUUCAUUAUCAAGAAAUGAAGGAAGAGUGUAUGAAUGUAAUUUUGAUCUCAAACAUGGCAAAUUUGACAAUAUUAACAAUUAUCAUUUGUUGGAUUCAUUUGAUAAUUCACUGAAUUAUUCAAGAUAUAAUAAGGAACAUUUAGAUUCCCACACAAUAUUGGUAUUUUUAUUUAGUAACGAGCCAUCAGUACUUGAGUGUGUAAAUUUAAAGAUAAUUCGAAAUGUCCUAAACUCUGACCUUAUCAAAUUUUCAAAUAAAACGUGUAAUUAUCAAGCUUUGGCCUUGAAUGAGCUCAAUCAUUCGAACGUUAUUAAAUUUAUGAACAUUUUUACGUCAAAUGAGUUUCCAAAUGAUUUCACAACUGGCCUUAAAAUUCUAACCAAAAACUUCAUUUCAUACUCUAUAAUCUCUUCUGACUUUGAUAUUCAAGAUCUCCACACUAUUAUACUCAAGAUGAAUAAGUCGGAGGUGAAUAUAAUAUGCAUACCUUUGAUUGAGGGUGAUUUCAACAUGUUUUCAAGGAGUACUGUGAAGAUGAUCAGAACAUUUAAUGAGUUGAAAAAUGAAUAUUCACAUAAUUUCGUUAUGGAUUUCGUUGAUAUUUCGUGGGUCUUCGACUCAUACUUCCAGGGAAUUAUGAAAUUAGACUCAAUACCACAAGAGUACCUGAUACAACUGUCACAAGAAUAUUACGCCAAGUACUCACUGGACAAUUUCUCAAUACAAGACUUCAAAGAGGAUGACUCCUCACAAUACAGACUCACAAUGGAUGAUUUAAACGACUUUAUGUCAUCACAAGUUAAUCCUACACAACUUAAUACUAAUUCUCAGCUUUGUGGAUUUACACAAUUUAAUACCAAUUCACAAAUAUGUGGAGGUUAUAUGGAUUUAGAUGCUGAAAUGAGUAUAAAUUCACAACCAGACAACAUAUCAUGCAGUUUAAAGUUCAGAGAAAAUUAUAAAAAUGUAAAGUAUUUUUGGGGAUGGAAUGUGUAUCUGCUCAGAGAGUCGAAUUGUUCUCAACUGACUAAUCAGGAUUGUUUAUUAUAUCGCAAGUAUUGUGGGAUAUCAAUAUUCACAUUUGAUACUUUGUCUGAAAUAAAGGUUCACAUUGAGGAGACCACAGCUGAGUCCCUCCUAAAGUUUAACAUCACACCUGAAGACGUUGAAACCUUUUUAUCCCACGAAAAGAUUUUCCUAAACUCUGUUGUCAUUUCAAAAAACGGCUCGACUCCAGAUAACAUAAACUCUACAGAUUCAUCAAUAUACCCUUCAAUCAAAAAUAAAACAAUUUCCUUUGUAUCAUGCCAGGGAAUACCAAUUCUCAGCUAUUCCUGGUUCACAAAUUUACUCAACUCAUUUUCCUAA